UUAGAAAUAACUCUUGUUUAUGUCCUGCUCCCUCACAGCUAUUGGUAAACAAAAAUACUAAGCUUUUCUAGUUACACGUAAUCCAGCUAAAGCAUGCCUUUCUCACUUAUUAAGGUAAGGGAAAUUGGGGGAUGAUAGGGUAAAGAUCAUCACAGCGCAUGCGUAAAAUCCUGAGUAAUGCCAGAAAGCUGUCUUUAAAGGCACUGUUCAUUCGCAAAGCGCAGUUUUUAUGGACUGUAGCAAUUUUCAAUUUCUGUAAGUUUUGAAGACUUUCCACCUGCGAAAUUCUGAUCUAUUCAUACGAAAAGAUGUUGCACUGCGGACUCGAAAGAAUUCUGGAUUAGUUAGUCUGUCUUAAUGGAUCUUGUUUCGUCAGGAUGUCGUAAAUCUCUGGAUCAACUCCUUGAGCAAGCUAUGGCCGAGCGUAGUCGUGAAGAUGAUCAAGUCGAAGUUACUUAUGAGAUGAAAGAGGAUUAUGCGUGUGACCAACGUCCAGUGCGUCUUAAACCUGAUGAUCAAGCUCCAGCCUCCAGCAGAGAUGAAAAAGACGAUGUCGAUGAAGAGAGUGAAAAUGGCGUUGGGUCUAUACAGAUGGAAAAAAAGGUUAUGAAAAGCACCAUCAUCCUGAGUGUGGCAAUAGUACUUUGCUUCAGUGGAUUUUCUGUUGUGCAGAGUUUCCUCAGCACAACUGCACCACGAACAGGAUUACAAGCACUUACAAUCUUAUAUAUCUUCGCUAUAUUUUCUAGUCUCUUUGCACCGAUUUUAAUACAAAAAAUCGGCCCUAAAUGGAUAAUGGUAUCAUCAGGGUUAUCUCCAAUAAUAUUCAUAAUCAUUUUCAAAUAUAAUUACACGUUUAUUUUAAUUAUUGGAGCCAUGCUGGUUGGGCUCUUACUUGGACCUACAUACAGAGCUCAAAAGAGUUACUUAUUCAGAAACAUAUCCAGACUUUCUUUCUUAACACAAUCCAUCAGGAAAAAAAUGCAACAACGGUUCUUACGAGUUUUCUUCAUCAUUUCAAAGUCUUAUUGCUUUUGGGGCCACCUUAUCGCCACAAUCGUCAUGGAGUACAUUAAUGCGAUGGAUACUUCUCGCCAACCGUCGUCAAACGAGACCAUUCAAGAUGCUGGUACAGUAGCUCGUCGAAUUGAUACUUGUUUUACUACUCAAUGCAAACAUGCAUUUUUAACAUUGGAUUUUAGUGAAACAAGUAAAAAUCCAUCAAACAAUAAUUUUUUGUCGCCAAAAGUCACUGAGAUUUUCAUAUAUGUUUUUUCUGCUACAUGUGCUGUAGGUGUUCUAUUAGUGGUGAUUUUGUUGGAGAAAUUAGAAGUUUUACAAGAACAAGAUCCUUUAGAGAGGUCGUUGUUAUACCAAACUUUAAGACAAAUUAAAUUACUUUUAAUCGAUCAAAAUGUGAGUUUAGUUGUCUUAAUGAUAGUUUUUACUGGAAUCGAACAAGCUUUUAUUUUUGGAGAUUUCACCAGAGAUUACAUCAGCUGUGCAUUAGGACUAGAGUCCAUUGGAUUCACAAUGAUCUGCCUAGGAGGAUGUCAUACACUAGGUUCCAUUGGAGUACAUUUGUUCUCGCAGCAUUUCCAAAGACCCAUUAUAAUGGCAGCUGGACUUGUAUGUCAAUCUGGACUCCUUAUGGUUCUUUGGCUAUGGACUCCCGUUAAAGACGAUGCCGCUGUAUUUUACGUCAUUGCCGGUGGAUGGGGAUUAUGCAAUGCUGUAUGGGAAACGCUGUUAAUGACAUUUUUGACAACAGCAUAUCCUGAUGACUGGCAAACUCCACUAAGCGUUUACUAUCAACUUCAAUGGUUGGGCAUGAGCAUAGCAUACUCUUUCAGCAACUAUUUCUGUUCACACAUAAAAAUCUUAAUAUUAGCUGUUUCUUUGGCUGUUUCCAUAAUUCCUUAUACCAUUCUCGAAUUCCGUCUACACCAUCGAAAUCAUGUGCAAAAUAGGACGGACAUGCUUUAAAGAUAAUUCAAAAUAUUUUCAAAAAAAAGCGUAAAAUAUUGCUGUUUUGUCAAAUCAAGGAGAUUAUAUGAACAAAAAUAUAUUAUGUAAUGUAAAAAAAUUUAAAGAAAGAACAUCUGUAUAACUUUUACAGGAUUUUCAUGAACUAAGUUGUGAUCUUAAACACCUUUUUUUUCAACAAAAAAAGAAUAAGCUGAUUCGUUUGUGCAGAUAUUUAAUUAAGUUACGAAAUUAAGCACAUAUCUUUCGUUCUAAAGAUUCAUAUUUUUUAAACAGAUUUCGAAGCCUGAUCCUAAAAAUAGUUAGCGAUGAGCAAAAUUUCGAAGAAUUAUUAUACAUUUCGGAAAAUCUUAUCUAUGCCACCAAAAUUAAAUGCAAAAUAAGACAGACAUGCUUUAAAAAUAAUUAAAGUAUUUUUCAAAAAAAAUUUGCCAAAUAUAGCUGUUUUGUGCAUUUGUCAAAUCAAUGUAAUUAUGUGAACAAGAGUUUUAAAAAAAACUUAUGUAACAUUGAAAUAAUUAAUUUAAAAAAAUUUUAUAAUUUUUUAUCAGAUUUUUCCUAACUAAGUGGAAAUCUUGAACAUUUUUUUAAAUAUGCAAAUUCGUUUGAGCAGUUAUUUAACUAAGUGAUGAAAUUGAACACAUAAUUUUUCAGAUUAAAGAUUCAUAUUAUUUCUGUAUAUUUAGAAUUCUGAUCCUUAAAAUAGAGGGGAGGGGGAGCACAAUUUCAGAAAAUAUGAUAUAAAUAGUUUUGUUUCGGUGAGAGGUAGAAAUUUUGGGUCCACCAGUGGUAUUUUCAAGAUGAUAUUCAUCUGUUUUCCGUUAUAUGUUAUUUCAUUGCAAAAACAAUUCAUAACAAAUACUUAUUGCCUUUAAUAAUGAAUGAAUUUUUUUUACAUAAUGAAAACUGCACAAUUUUCAAAUUUGAAAUGAAUUGGCGAAAUAUUUCUUUAAAAAUU